AUGUGGUAUGUGUCGUGUGAAAGAGUAGCACAAGGGAUGAUGGAGAGAGGGUUUUUAACGGGAUAUGGCAAAGCUAAAUCUUUUGUUACUAAUGAAGACGUUGUUAUCUGCGAUUUCUCGUGGGUCGUCUUGUCACAAGUCGACGCCGUUGCGGACUUUGUGAAGAAGAUGGGGACGGGGAAAUACGUGGGGAUCAACGCACAGAUGUCCGUGAGGAAACAAAUAGUCUCGCGCAUGCCUAAUUUGGUCUUUAUGGAAAAGGAAGAAACAAAGAAGAGCUACGGGGAUAUCCCAAAAGUGAAUGAAAGUGUUGUAUAUGGUCAAAGGGAAUAUUUGGUCCAACAGAAAGAUAAGAAGAGUGAGAAAUUGUUGAGAGUUGGAUACUCGUCGAUCUACGUAGUCGACUCGAAGACUAAAAAAGUCACGACAUAUCCAUAUAGACAGAUCGGUGAGUUCGUAGGAUAUACUAAAAGUGGGACAUUCUUGAUCCGUAAUAAUGAAGGUACACAAACUUUCACUUUGAAAUCACCACUCGAGAGAGGACAAUUGAUAGGUGAAAUAUAUGCGGCUAAUUCACAACGAGAAUCUCUUUUCCAAAAUAUAUCAAAUUUCGAGUU